GUGGUACGCUUCGAUUUGGUCACGGCUGCAGAUAGGGACGAUCAAUUCAUCUUCAGAAAGGUAGUGAUGAACUUACUGAGUCCAGAGUCUAUAGAAAUAUACAUAAUACUUAAAGUACGACAACCGGAUUUAAUAAGUAAAUGCUAUGGGAAA